UGUUACGUCAUUGGAACCCAGGAAGUAGAGGUUCCACAACAAGGGCAGCUGCGCUUCUGAGCUGUCAUAUCUGUAAAUCAGAAAACUUCGAGCAGUUUUAUGUAGUUUCUGAACUAAGACGGUUCAUUAUAGUUGGCUGGCUGAUUUAGGGAGGCAGAGUUGCGGCUGUAUGAAGGAAGUCUGCCUCCGCAUGUGCAGCGGGAUUAGCGGACCUCUGCGCUCACUAUAGCUGUGGCAGUGCGGGUGUGAAGGGCAUGCUGGGGCUCACUCUGUUCAGGACUUUGCGGACCCAGCGCCCACCACGGCUGGUCGGGACGGCUCCGGUGCGGAGUGUCCCUUUAUCGGGUUCAUGCGCGCUGUCCCCGCCGUGCUGGACGGGUCCCGUCCGCACGUUGCGGCUGAGCACCGCCUUCUGCGCUGGUCACAACAAGUGGUCAAAGGUCAGGCACAUCAAGGGUCCGAAGGAUGAGGCGAGAGGAAAAAUGAUCUCGAAGUUUGGGAUGAUGAUAAGAAUAGCUGUGAAGGAAGGUGGAACCAACCCGGAACUGAAUAUAAACUUGGCCAACUUAGUGGAGCAAUGCAGGAGCAAGAACAUCCCCAAAGCAUCCAUAGAUGCAGCAAUCAAGAGUGCAGUAGGUUCAUAA